AUGGACCCUAUGAUGAAACCUAGACUUCCCAAAAUAAUUUAUAUUAACAAGACAAAAUCUAUAUUGGGUGAAAUCAACAAAAUUCUGGAUUCCAAAAUAACAACUGAUAUACCCAUCGAAAAUCUGCACAGCCUUAUUUAUAGUGGAGCAGCAGCGGUGCUAACAGUAAACAAGCAGAAUAUCUCCACGGACACUCAAGUUAAAAAUGUCCCAGCCACGCCAGGAUGGCAGCGCCGAAUUACUAAUAAAAUCGAUAGUAUCAGGCGGGACAUAGGAAUUCUGACACAAAAUCAAAGCUUGAACCCCAGCAGCUCAGUCACUAAGUAA